AUGAUAUUAUUACCAGUAGUAAUGAUAGUGAUAAAAAUUUGUCUAGCCGAUAAUAAGGAUAUAUUGGAGUGUGCAUGGAUUACUUGCCUGCUACCGAAAGUGUGUCAACGCAUCGAUGGCAUUGUAUUAUGCGUUUUUCCGAAUGAUACUGUGAAAACAAAAAUGGAAAGACUUUCGGAAUCGGCGUCAUUAGCGAGUCAGAUGAACCAAAUCACCGAAUCUAUCCUCGCGGAAUCCGUUACCCAUAUUUCAUCGAUCCCUUAUUCGCCAUCGUCAUCAUCAUCAGUUUCCGAUACAGAAUCAUUUCCAUCUUCCGGUGCUGAAACAAAGCAAGGGCUGCUUCUAACUGAUAUAGUGACACAAAUUGAUUCAAAGAUGUCUGAAAAAAGUUUCAUAAUCAAAACACUUCCGGAAUUAUGCUGGCUUCCUGCUGUUACUGGGCCAUGUUCAAAAGCAAAAGUAUUGUGGUACUACAAUUCCUUAAGGGACCGAUGCGAAAGAUUCAGCUUCAGUGGUUGCGGUAAUGCGAACCAUUUCUACAGUCGGGAAAAAUGCGAAGAAACUUGUCUGAUGGAAUAUCCUAGUACAUCUUUUGGCUUUUAA